CAAGCCCUCGAGUCACCCUUCCAAAGUGGGAACACCUUGCUGUUCCGCAGGGCUGGGAAAUCAGAGCUCAGCGUCGAGCCGGUCCGGCUGUGCAAGGGUUAAACCCGGCUGCUCGUCCGGGUCUCGGGGGCCUCCCACUCGCCAUCGCAGAGUAUGAAUAGCUGCGCUCCUCUCUGCUCCCAGCCACUCGCUUCCCUCCCCGCCUUCCCACCCAGCCUCGGCGUUCUCCCCGGCAUCCUCCUCACCCGGCGUCUUCCUCCGGCUCCAGAGCCCCGGCAUCCCCCGGCAGCGCCGAUGCUGAGCACGGAAAGUUUCGCAGGGGCGAGAGCCCUGGGAGAGGAAUCGCUGCAGAUGUGGGACCUCAACAAGCGGCUGGAGGCGUACCUGGCCCGCGUGAAGUUCCUGGAGGAGGAGAACGAGGUGCUGCGAGCUGAAAUCCAGAGCACCAAGAGCAGCCCGGCAGGGGACUCGUGGCGGGUGAAGUACGAGGAGGAGCUGCGAGCCCUGCGGGAUGCGCUGGAUCACGCCUUCAGGGAGAAGUGCACGGCAGAGCUGGCCAGGGACAAUCUCUACGAGGAGGUCCAGCAGGUGAAAAGCAGGUGCCAGAAGGAGCAGGCAGCCCGAGAAGAAGCUAAGAAGCAGCUGUCCUUGAGUAGAAAGGAGCUGGAGGAGGAGAGGAGAGCGCAGAUCUGGCUGAAGGAGAGGGCUGUGCAGCUGGAGAAGGAGGUGGAAGCCUUGCUGGAGGUGCACGAGGAGGAGAAAGCGGGGCUGGACCAGGAGAUCGCGAGUUUCUCCCACAGCCUGGAGAGCUUCCGCUGUGCACCGGUGGCUUUCCAGCCCGUGGAGGUGGAGGAUUACUCCAAGAGGCUCUCGGAGAUCUGGAAAGGGGCGGUGGAGACCUACAAGACAGAGGUGGCACAGCUGGAGGGUUCCCUCUGCCAGGCCAAGGAGAACUUGUGGAAGGCGGUGGAGGACAACCAGCAGAGCCAGCUGCAGCUGCAGCACCUGGAGAAGGACCUGGCGGGGCUCAAAGCACGGAAGGAGAUGCUGGAGGAGAGCCUGGCCCAGCAGUGGCAGGAGCAGCGUGGGGAGGCAGAAAAGUUCCAGCUGGCCAUGGAAGCCCUGGAGCAGGAGCAGCAGAGCCUGAGGGUGCAGAUCGCCCGCGUGUUGGAGGACAGGCAGCAGCUCAUGCACCUCAAGAUGUCCCUCAGCCUGGAAGUGGCGACCUACAGGACGCUGCUGGAAGCAGAGAGCACCCGCCUGCAGAUGCCAGCUGGGGAAUUCAGGUUGGCCAAUGGUGUCCGAGAUCUCAAACUGGAGGUGAGCAGCAGCAGCAGCAAACUGGUACCAGCGAGCCCUGAGACCAGGAGGCUGCUGCCCCGAGACCAUUGCACCAGCCCCUCCAUCUUCCCCAGGGCAGAGGGGAGGGGACAGCUAGCAAAACCCCAAAGUGACACCCUGACACCCAAAAGCCAGAGCCCCAGUGCCAGGGAGCUCCAGAAAAUCAGCUCAGCUCUCCAUGCCACAGCACUGCCGGCUCCCAGCAGGGCUGGGGUGCUCGGAGCCCCCGUCUGCUCCACACCCACCCCCUCACAGGCAGGCAAAGCUGCCCCUGCUCUGUCCCCAGAGCCCCCCAGCCCUUCACCACCAGAGCAGCAGAGCUCUGGAGGAGAGGGUCCCGCCUGGCCAGGGGGAGUGAUGAGCCAAGGGACGGAGUGUCCUCUGUCCAGAGCCGUGGGGGACAGUCCCAGUGCCACCGUGCUGCCCCUGGGGGCGGUGCCCACCCGCAGGCUGCACUACCCUGCCCAGCUGGUCAGCGAGGUGCUGGAGGAUGCUCUCAAGGCCAUGGAAGAUGAUGCUCAGCCCAAAGAAGAGCCCACAUGGGCCCCCCGCGAUGCCUGUGUUCCCAGCCCCACUUUCCCCGCAGAGGCUGUGUCAGAGGGACCUGGGGAAGAGCAGGAGCCCUCUGAGGGCUCUGAGGAUGGAUGCAGCCCUGAGGUGGAGGAAAGGAUUGGGGAGGUCGUGCUGCAGGGACUGGGUGUGGAGAGCAGCGCCCUGCAGGACAGAGCCGUGUCCCCAGAGGGCACAGCCGCUUCCCUGAGUGCCUCAGGGAGCCAGGAAGAUUUGGGAGCCUGGGAGGAGCAGGAGGUACCUGCUGUGCUGAGCCCGAGGGAGCCAGAAGUGGAGGCACAGGAAGGGGACAGGGAUCUCCCUGCACAGGCAGUGAUCAGCUGGGAAAAGCCAGAGCAAGAGGAGGACAGGGCAGAGAGCACAGAGCCAUCCCAUCCCUCAGAGGAGGAGGAGGAGGAGGAGAGGGGACCCUGCAGCCCCUGCAAGGAGAAUGGAGAUUUCCAGGAAGAAGGAGCAGAUGUGCAAGAAGAGGAGUGUCCACACAGAGAAGUGGAAGCUGCUCAUGCUGUCCUUGCAGAAAGCCACCUGGGUUUGCUCACAAAAGGUCACCUGGGAGAGAACUUUGUUGAUGCAGAGCAGGAAAGGUCUGAGCAGCAGAAAAUGCCCACGUGUGAGAUGGAUCUGGCUGAGGAGGAGGAAAGGGGAGAGGAGCUGUGCCCGGAGCAGAAGCCCUCGAGUGUCCAUGAGGCCAUCCCAGCAGAGGAGGCUUUGUCAGGAGCUGAAGAGGAUGCUGUGGGAGGGGAGGACACAGACAGAGUGGAAGAUGAUGAGGGAGAAAGUGGAGAGCCCAGCAGGGAGGUGCUGGGAGGAGAGGAUCAUGUGGUAGGACAGGACCCUGAGGUGGGAGAGGACUCUGAGUCAGUCCAUGACCAAGCCCAUGGGGCAAGAGAAGGCUCUGAGGCAGGAGAGGACCCAGGGACAGGAGAGGCUGUGGGAGGUGACACCCUGGACUGGGAGAGCAGAGCCCCAGAGGAGCCUGAGGACAUGCAGGAAAGUGGCUCUGUGGGAGAGGAGGGGGAACAGGAGGAGCAGGAACCAGGAGAGGAACCCUGGGGCCAGGGGGAUGAUGGCCAUGAGCCCUGUCCAGAGGACUGGGAGGUGACAGCAGAGGACACUGAGGGAGUUUUGGGGCCAGAAGAGCCAGCCUGCACAGAUGACACCCCGAGCAGUGCAGGAAGGCUGAUAAGUGAGGAGACAGAUGGCACAUUGCCAGCAGAGCUGGAGGAAGCCCAGGGAGAUGAUGAAGAAGAUGCCAAGAGCCAGGAGAUGAGCCAGCAGCAACCACUGCCAGAGGCUGAGCCAGCACCGGAGCUGGCAAGGCAGGAGAAGCAGGGCACCACGGCAGAGCCUGACCCAGCCCCUCCUGUCCCCGAACAAGGGGACAGACAGGACCUGGCUGAGGCUCCAGAGGAGCCCUGGGAGGGGCAGGAUGACGAUGAUGACGAUGCUGACGAUGGGCUCAGCUCGGAGCUGGGGAAACCGGAGAGCUCAGAGCUCACAGCACUGAAGCAGGUGCCAGGUGACAGCGUGGAGAGCGGUGAGUGGGCACUGGAGGAGGUUCCUGGAGACCCAGAGCCCACACUGGGCACCGGCAGGAGGGUGGAGCUGGAGGACACACUGCCCGACAGCACACCCCUGCACCUCUAUGAAGGGGAGAUGCUGGCUGUGGGAGCACCCAGCCCAAACCCUCCAGAGACAGAGGAGAACACAGAAACAGCUCCUGUGUCUGACACAGCUCAGGAGGGUGAAGGAUGGCUGGAAGAGAAGGACAGGCCACCAACUCCCACCAUGCCAGAGAGCCCUGAAGAGGAGGCAGGGGCAGAAGUGGCUGCUGUGGCAGAGGGUGCUGAGGAGGAGGAAGGUUAUUUCAUAGUCUCUGCUCCCAACCAAGAGGUGAACAGCUUGGAGGAAGCUGAGCUCUCUGAGGACUUUGAAGAAAUUAAAGUUGAAGCAACUGAAGGCAGUCAAGAUGAUCUGGGGGCUCCUGGAGAAGCAUCUCCAGUGCCAGAGGGCAAAGCACACCUCGAGGAGUUUGUUGGGGAAGCAGAUGAAAAUACAGAGGUGCCCACUGAAGAACCUGAGGUGGCAAAGGAGGAGAACAACACUGCUGAGCUGGAGGAAGGCCCAGCUGUGCCUGAAGCAGAUCCCAGCUGUCCUGGGGCUGUGGGACCAUUACCAGGAGAUACCAAUGAGCCAGCCCAGGGUGCCACAGGCACUGCAGCAUGGGAGGGACCAGAGCAUUUGGAAGGUUUGGCUGCUGAAUCAGAUGAGGAGCUCCACAACACAGCUGAGCGGGAGAGGGAUGCCAGUGGAGCAACAACCCUCCCAGACCUGGGGUUGGCAGGGCAGGAGGAGGAGGAGGAGGCAGGUGAGGAUGAGCCCAGCAUGGCUCUCCACGACACAGCCACCCCUCCAGCAGGGCUGCAGGCCCAGGCAGUGCCUGAUGAAGCAGAGCAGCCUUUGGAAGACCAGCCAUCCAUGGAGGAGGAAGCACUCGACAGUGAGAGCCCUCCUUCACCCAAAGAGCAGCUCCCCGAGGCCAGCCCACCCGAGCUGGGCUCUGCCCUGGAGCAGGGAGGUUUUCCAGAGUCAAUUCCAGACAUCCCUGACACUGCUGUUCUCUCUGCAGAGGUGCCAGUGGAUAUCAUGAAAGACUCAGAUAUUUUGGAAAUAGUUGAGCAAGCCCUGGAAUUCAACCAGGAGCUGAUGGGGGUGGCAGAGGGUGGGCAGCAGGGUCCUGAGCUGUCCCAGGAGGCAGAGGAAGAUUCCUCACCUGCCUCAUCCAGUGAGGAGGAGCCGACGGUGCAGGAGGCACCAGAUGCAGUCCCAGAGAUGGAGGGCGUGGUCCGGGCUGAGAAUGGGCUGCACCGGGAGGCCAGUCUGGAAGACCUGGCUGAAUUCACUGACGAGAUGCUGAACGGCAUCAGCAGCACAGCAGCAGCACAGGAGCUCCCCACAGAGACCUCAGACCCCUCGAUGGUGAUGCCACCGCAGGCCCCCACCCCUGGAGAUGGCACCACCACCAAGCUGGGGGAUGCCACCCUGAGGGGAAAGCACGGAGGAGCUGACCCCAGCCCUGUGUCCCCUGCUCUGGGGGAGGAUGUCCUGUGCCUCACACCCGACCAGCCAGCAGUGUGUCAGCUGAGAGCUGAGCAGGAGCCCUGGUCCUCAGGGGAUGAGUGACAACAAUCAGGGGGAACCUCCUGGUAGCCCCUUCCUACCAAAACCCAGUACCCCCACUUGUCCCACCUCCCUCCUAAUGCUUCCCCAUCUCCUUGUGGUUUUUAACAUGUUUGUGUGGAUUUUUUUGCACCCCUUUUCAGAGUGAAGAACCACCGAGUUCAGUUCCACCCCACAGCCCACCCAAAUUCGCAUGCUUGCUCUGGGACCCCUGCUUCAUUUUGAGCUUCCUCUGGGUGGGUUGCUGUGGCUGUAUUUAAUUUAAACUUUGUGUUUCUCCAUUCCCUGCAAUCUUCCCCCUCCAACUCCCCCAGUAUUUACCCCAGGACGCCCAGCUGGAGGCUAGGGACCCCCCAAACUGCACCUGGGACUCAGUGUUUUGGGGCUGCAUCACCCUGGGGUCCCCAGCCCCAACUUGCCGACACUGGGGGCUGAGCCACACUGGAUGUAUUCUCUGCCUCGAGAUUAAUUUAAUAAAGCCUCAUCCUCCCAC